GACGGGAAUUUGACGUUUGCUAAUUUUAGAUUCAUUCUUGAGGAAAAACCCGUGUCCCAGCCAUUUUGGGAGCCAGAAUCAGUACGUUGGACAUAUUCUAAAACUGAUUUUCCCUAACAUUCUUAGUUACUGGACUUAGCCGGGAUAAUAUAAUUAUUAUCUCAGGCUUAUAAAGUUUGUUUAUACUUGGUAUAAACAUUCACUAUCAACUAAGAAAUGAAGCGAACUAGGGGCGGAAGUGUUACCCGUGGUACAUCACAGAAGCUAAAAAUGGUGAAAAAAGAGACUAUACAUGAUGACGGAGAAGCUUGCAGUUACCAGGCAACAUUGUCUAAACCAUCAGUUGAAAUAGUUCAGUGCAUAAGUUACCAAAAGUUUCGCUAUCAUGGUGAGAACAGACCAGGAAAAAAGUAUCAGGAAAAGGAUUUUAUGACUCUGAAGCUAAAUAACUUGUCCGAUAAAGUUGUUCGGGUUGUAAUUAUUUGCACUGAUGCUGACAAUCGAGAAUUAAUACAUCCUAAUGGACUUGUUGGUAAAGAUUGUCAUGAUGGGAUAUAUGAUAAAGAAUAUGCAAUUACCAAGCCCAGUUUUAUAAUAAAAAUUCCAUAUCUACGCACCGAGCGUAUAAAAACCAAGAAGAAUGAGCACGCCAAAAUCCAAAAUGUUUUAAGUGAUAGAGCGUCUCAUCUCCCUUCUCCUUAUAAAGAACGAUGUUUGUCACAAUGCACGGAUAAAUACACAUCUUCAAGAAAAUUUGACACCACUAAAGUGUGUUUGGGUGUUAUUGUCACAGUGCAGAGCCAUCAAGGGCCAUUUAAUGGAUCUCUACAUGCUAUAAGUCAUGUAGUUAGGAAUGCUAGUGAAAAAACAUCUUUGAACAUAUUGAAGUUAAGUCAGUUAGACAUUUCUGCACUUACUGGGGGAACUAUUGAUAUUUUUACAACUGAAGAUGGACCAGGGAUAGAGCCAGAUAAAUACCUAGUUUAUGUUACAAGUAAGACAGAUACAGAGGAAUGGAUGUCUGAAAAGAUUUGUCCAGCAAAGGAAGACAUUUUAUAUAAACGAGUAAUUAGUUACCGUGUUCCUAACUUUUUUAUCAAUCCAAACCUUGCAAGUGAAACAGAUGCACUUCUUCAUCUUGAGUGCCCACAAAGUAAUCAGUACUGCAAUUACAGAUUUAGAUAUGUUCCCCAUGUGGCAGCAGGGAUUGUUUUGACCAGUGACCAAAUAUUUAAUGGACGCAAACACUACAUUGAGCAUGACAUAAAGCCUACCAAAAAGAGAUUGAGAACUGAUCCGUAUGAAGGUGAGAACAGUACAGAGGCUAUUAAAGCUAGCCUGAAAUCUAAAUUAGAAGCCCGUCAAGAGCCAAUCUAUAUUGAUGCUCAAAAUGAAUCUCAAAAUGAAUCAAAUCAUUAUAUCAUUGAGCAGCGUCAACAAUCCCAAGGUUUUAAUCAAGAACACACAGUGCUGAUUCGUCACCAGGAUCCUAACACAGGAGAGUCUUCCUAUCUUCUUGAUAUGGAUGCCAGUAAAAAUCUUAACAGCAGUAACCACCAGUAUGUUUCACAGUAUUCAAUAGAUGCCAACUCAAAUAGUGUUCUUCAAGGAAUGGGAAACAUUAGAAAUCGGGGGUCCAUUUACCAGACAUCCCAAGAUGUACAGGUUGUUGCAACUGGAUAUUCAGAUGAUGUUCCCCCCAAUACAACAGUUCUGAUUUACACUACAAACGGAGAUCAUGUAGCUAUUGACAGUGGUUCAAACGAGCAAAUGGUAAUUCAGGAAGUUUCUGAUGAAGAAGAAGCAACUGCUUCUAUUGUUAUGACUGGAGAAAGAGUGAAAAAUGUUAAUGUUAUAGAAAACAAUCAGCCAGCUUCUGCUUCUAAUGGCCAUUCUGAACAAGUUAUCAGACGAGAAAUGAUAAUGGAAAAAAGGGUACCUAACCAAAGUAAUCCUCGUGCUGCAAAGGGUUUGAACCAAUCUGCAUCUGGUCAUAUGGCUAAUGAAACAGAAAACAGACGAGCUCCCUAUAGUGGUGCAGAUGUUAACCCAACUCUUGCCUCUGGCAAGCAGGUAGCCGGUAGGUACAGCCCAGCACCUGCCUCUUCUCCAUCUACCAUACCACCAUUACGAAGAAUGUUGAUCCCAAACAAACAGAUAUCAAGUGCUUCAGCUUGGGAAGUUGGAAAUGAAGAAGAUCAGGAUGAAUCAUACAGUCUUGUUCAAGAUAUGAUGCAUGAUUUCAACAGAAAAUCUGUUCUCAUUAAAGAAGAACCCGUUGAUGAGGAAUUAAAUAAUUCCAUUACUAAACACAGCCCACAAGUGUCGAAUUAUCAACCACGUUACAUUGCUCAGAAACAAAUGUACCAUGCAGAAAACAUUGCAAAUAGCCGUCUUGGCUCUGAUCGAUCAUCAAAAGACAGUGAGCAAAAUAAGUCUCAGGAAUUCCCAAGACUUGACUCUAUGGAACUUCAAGGAGCCAUUGCCAAUUUACCCACAAUGCAAGUUAUGGAUCUUGCAAAUAUGAUUGAACAAGGUCUCCCUUCAACAACAGAAAAUGUUGAAGUCUCUGGUUAGAUGUUUUCAUUUGUUUUUACUCACUUUUACAUUAUAUACUUAUUUUUGUUUGAACAUUUCCAUAAACAUUCAAAGGUAGGAACUUGAAUAAAUAAAGACCUAGUUAAAAGAAGAUGAGAUGUGCUUUGUGCUGUAUUAAUAACAGAUUUAUGAUUUUUCCCUGGAAAUAAUAUAUUAUGAUAUAAAUUGUUUAUAACAAUGAUAUCUCAGAUUUCUGAGAUUUGUCAUCAACAUAUUUAAACAUUUUUUAUGACUUUACCAAUCAUUUAUUAUCUCUUGUUUUGCAGUUUGUAUUGAUAUAUGUGUUUUUCCCCCCGUACAAAUAUUGCUUUAUGUGAUAUACAUGUGGUAAAAAAGAUAGUAAAAUGAAUGUUGUAUUGUAUAAACAAAUGCCUACUGACUGUGAUGAAUGCCUUAAAUUUUGUUUUGGGUUUGUUUGUUUUUAUUGGGCAGCAUCUUACUUUAACAAGACAUACUGUAAAUAUAACUCCUUUUUUGUAUAUAAUAGCAUAAAAAGAGGCAAUGUAGUUUGAAUUAAUACAUUGAAAUUUAUUUUCAUUGUCAAAAACAAAAUUAUUUGCUCACAUGUUAAAAAGUAAAUAAAAAGUCCUGUUGAAAAAUCAAAGUAAACAUUUUCAAUUAAAAUUCAUAUUUCUCUGUUUCAUAGCCAUAUUUAAGGUCAUUAUAUCAUAAGGUUUUGGGCAGAAUUUAUGGGUUUUUGGUAGAUUUUUAAAAGAUUGGAUUGGAAGAGUUGCAUGUGUGUUUUCAGACCUAACAAGCACUGUUAUAGCCUGUACAUAUUUUGAUGACAUUGGUAUAAAUACAUAUUUUAUUGUCAAAUGAAAAGAACAUCUUUAUAUAGUUGUGAUUACAAUUUAGAAAAUUCAUAACAUCAACAUACUUGUUCCUGUGAGAUUUUUAUAUAUAUAUUUGUAUUCCCUGUGUUCAAACCAGUUUUAUAGAAAAUUGUAAAUAUGCCGUUUUUCCAGUGAAAUGUCAAUCCUUACAGCCACCAUUUUAUUUUACAGUUUCAAAUUAUAAUUAAUAUUUAAAAAAAUAAUCCUAAUUUUCUGAAAGACUCAUGAGAAACUGUUUAUUAACAUGUGCAUACUGUUCUUGUGUUAAAUUAAGUUGAAUCAACAUCUUAUGCAGUAAAUUUAUGAUGUGAUUUAUUCUCCCAGGCUAAGAGUUUUUUGUAAAAUAGUAGCCUACUACAGAUCUGUUUAAUCAAUAGUCAUAUUAACCUUCAUCACGGUACAAUUGUAAACAUUUUUUAAUUUUGAUGUUGAAUGGAAAAUAGCCAAUAUUCUUUUAAAAAUUUUUUCUUCCAAAUUAUGUUUCCUGGUGAAACAUUUGAGCUAUUUUUUUGUAGGAUACUAACAAAUCAAUGGGAUUUGUUUCAUUUUACUUGCACUACUAUUUUACAUAUGCAUCUUGAUUGUAUAUUACUUUUUAUUAUGUGAUGCAUGUCAAUUGUACAUAAGUAUAAAACAUGUUGGUUAAAUAAGGUUAUCUUGUACUUUAGCAUGUUGAUACAAUACUUUUACGUUGAAAGUUGUAACUCACUUGUAUAUAUUUGAAUAAAUUAAAAGUUUUAACACCUAA